CUACGUACACUGACUAGUCCUACCGAAAAUGAGAGUUUCCUACACUCCUAUUUCCUAAAUAAAUAUACAAGUAUAUCAAAGAACAAUUCAAAAAACAGUAACUUACAGAGUAAGGGUAUAUCCUGUGCUCCAAGAUGAAGAAAGCAGAAGUUGUGUUUAUCCCUUUUCCCGGUCCGAGCCAUCUAGAUUCCACCCUUGAGUUCGCAAAGCUUCUAACCAACCGUGAUAAGCGCCUCCGAAUUACUGUCCUAGUCAUGAAACUCCCAUACACAUCAGAAUCCGAUGUUAACACUAAAUCACUUCCCACUUCUGAUUCUCUCGACAUCAUCAACCUUCCAGAAGUUUCUCUUCCCCCAAACAUCGAACCAACUUCCAGAAUGAUGGCUUUCCUCGAAGCUCAGAAAUCAAACGUCAAACAAGCCGUAUCUAAUCUCACUACUACUAGAGAAAAACAUGGAACCCUCACAGCCUUUGUUGUUGACAUGUUCUGCACUAAAAUGAUUGAUAUUGCCAAAGAAUUUUCAGUCCCUACGCUUGUCUUCUUCACUUCCGGUGUUGCUUCCCUUGGUUCAAAUCUUCAUAUCCACACUCUUCGUGAAAGAGACAACGUAGAUUCAAAUCAGUUGCAGCAGCAGACUGAAUUGGCCAUACCAACUUUCGCCAACUCGGUUCCUAUAUACUCGCUGCCCAGUUCCAUGCUAAACAAGGAAUGGGAAUCCUUUUUUAUGAACUAUGCUGGUGGCCUCAAGAAAGCAAAUGGUAUUAUAGUAAAUUCAUUUGAAGAGCUAGAAUCCCAUGCAGUUCAAUCAUUUUUCUCUCACCCUGAUCUAGCUAGUUUACCGGUUAUUUAUCCGGCAGGACCCAUUAUAAACCCUGAGCCCAAAACCAAGGGAACAGUUGGUUCAGAUGAUAUCAUCAAGUGGCUUGAUGAUCAACCUCUUUCCUCCGUAGUUUUCCUCUGCUUUGGGACUAGGGGUACCUUCGAUGAGGAUCAGAUUAAGGAGAUCGCACAUGCCAUUGAGGAUAGUGGCGUCCAUUUCAUAUGGUCUCUUCGUAAACCCAAACCGAAGGGUGUCGCCAUGGUUGCACCCUCUGAUUACUCUCUUACUGAAUUGGGCUUGGUUUUACCCGAAGGGUUCUUAGAUCGGACAGCAGGGAUUGGAAGGGUCAUUGGAUGGGCUCCGCAGACUCAAAUAUUGGCCCACCCAGCCACGGGAGGAUUCGUUUCCCAUUGUGGCUGGAAUUCAAUACUCGAGAGCAUGUAUUUUGGUGUGCCCAUUGCCACGUGGCCGCUCUUUGCUGAACAACAGACUAAUGCUUUUCAGUUGGUGCAUGAGCUGAAGAUGGCUGUGGAGAUUGUGUUAGAUUAUAGAGUGGAGUUCAAUGGUGAGCCUAACUAUCUUGUAACUGCUGACAAGAUUGAGAGAGGAAUAAGGAAUGUGUUGGAAAAGGAUGGAGAGGUCAGAAAGAAAGUGAAAGAGAUGAGUGAAAAGAGUAGGAAAACUUUGUUAGAGGGUGGAUCUUCUUACAGUCAUUUAGGUCGUUUAAUAGAUUUUAUUGUGAAUCAAAUAUGAACUAAAUUAUCCUAGUAUCCACCUGCGAAAAUGGUGAGAGGAUAUUGUUUUAAGUUUCAACAACAAUCAUCAAUAAAACAAUGAUUAAUCACAAUUUUCCGUGACUAGAAGGCUUGGUUAUUCACCUUUUUGCUUUAUAGAACUUAUGAAUUGUGCACUUGAUUA